AUGGAUCCUAAAUUCAAGGCUAUCAUCUUCGACCUUGGUGGUGUUCUGCUUGAUUGGGACCGUCAAGCUGUCACCAAUCUGCCAAGGAGCCAGAUGCAAACGAUGAUGAAUUCGACUCUCUGGUUUGACUUAGAAAGAGGGAGACUUACACUGCAAGAGGCAUCUGAGCAUUUUGGCAAGACUAUGGGUAUUGAUGCUCGAACUAUUCAACAUAGUUUUGAGGAAGCCCAGCAGUCCCUCAAAGUCAAUACCCAACUGUCACAGGUAGUGAAGGAACUAAAAGCAUCGGACGAAGACCUACAACUUAUUGUCAUGUCGAACAUAUCUCAGGAACAUUUUCGAUCUAUACAACGUUUGGAUCUGCCUUGGUCACUAUUUGACUUCACCUUUGCAUCAGGAGCUGUUGGGAUGAGGAAACCCGAUCUGUGCUUCUUUCGACAUGUAAUCGAUACCAUUGGCAUCCCUCCCAGCCAAGUAGUUAUGGUCGAUGAUCGGGUCGAAAACAUUUGUGCCGCUCGAUCGGUCGGCAUUCAUGGCGUUUUGACUGGCGGUGGCUCCUCUAUUGAAGUCGGCCAGAUUCUCAGGAAUAUGUUUUUCGAUCCCAUAUCUCGGGCUGACGUGUACAUGAAGAAGAACGCCGGUAACCACCUUAGCGCCGUCGAAGGCAAAGACAUUGUUAUCAGGGAGAAUUUCUCGCAACUCCUUAUCUGGGAGCUGACCGGUGAUGCUGAGAUCAUCUACCUAAAAUGGCCGUCUGGAAAGGCCCACGCUGCUGACACUAACAUGCGUAUCCAUCUCAACGGCAACGUUGAAGAUGGCCUCUGGAAUUUUUGGUAUGAUGAGCCAGUUCUCACAACUUCAGAAUUCCCCCCUGAUGCGGAUACGACGUCCACGGCUUAUCUGUCCAUUCCCGCGAGUCAUUUCUCUAAAAUGGCUGACGUUCAACUAGUCAUUGAAAAAAUGGCUACAAACAUUGACUCUGAUGGGAUCAUGCAGACUUAUUUUCAAAAGGACAGGCCAAGGACGAGCCUAGAAGUCUGUUGUAAUAUCCUACGGGUCUUCUACCGCUUCGGUCAUGGGCAGGAUUCUGAUCCACGCAUAACGCAGACCCAGGAAUGGGUAGUCCAAUGCCUAAGAAACAAAUCAUACGUCUAUGGGACUAGGUAUUAUUCUGUACCCGAAGCCUUCCUCUAUUUUGCGACCCGGCUCUACGUUGAGUGCAAUCACGAGGCUCUCAAGAGAGAGUUGGGAUCUAUCAAGGAGGCAUUGCUUGAGCGGAUCAAUGUCCCGACAAAUGCAUUGGCGCUAGCUCUACGUAUUUCAUCUUGCCAAUUGCUUAGAAUUGGCCGGCAUUGUUAUAAGAAUGACCUUGACGUCCUUAGGUCCUUGCAGCAAGAAGAUGGCGGUUGGCCGACAGGGCAUAUUUACCGCUAUGGAAAAAUAGGGGCCUAUAUCGGAAACCGAGGAUUGGCUACGGUUUUAGCUGCUAAGGUCAUCCGCUAUGAAAUUGAGCUAGACUCCAAGUAG